UUUUUAAAAUGGCCUCAAUGUGUAAACAUGUCAUAGCGAGGAUAAGACCAACUGUAUCUUUUGCUAGUGUGCACCUACAUGAAAGAAAAUGGAGUUCAACACUAAGCAUUACAACAUCAAUUUUAGAGAAAGAGUUGGCAAGCAUAAGAGCUGCUGGCACUUUCAAGUCAGAAAGAAUUAUUACAUCACAGCAAGGUCCUUCUAUCAAAGUAUAUGGAAGCAAAGGAGAAAUUCUUAAUUUUUGUGCAAAUAACUACCUGGGUCUAUCAAAUCAUCCUGCUGUUAUAGAAUCUGGGAAAAGAGCUCUUGAUUCUCAUGGAGCUGGGCUUAGUUCUGUUCGUUUUAUUUGUGGGACUCAAGACAUACAUAAAGAUCUGGAGCGGAAAAUAGCAAAAUUUCAUGGAAAAGAAGAUGCAAUACUUUACAUCAGCUGCUUUGAUGCUAAUGCUGGAUUAUUUGAAACUCUACUCAGUCCUGAAGAUGUUGUUAUAUCAGAUGAGUUGAACCAUGCCUCAAUAAUUGAUGGAAUUAGACUCUCAAAGGCUCACAGAAUUCGCUAUAAGCACAGAGACUUAGAAGAUUUAAAAAAUCAUUUAGUGUCAGCUAAAGGUUGUCGUCAGAAACUAAUAGCCACUGAUGGUGUCUUCAGUAUGGAUGGCAAUAUUGCCCCACUCCGAGAAAUUUGUGAGUUGGCCAACAAGCAUGAUGCUUUGGUUUUCAUUGAUGAAUGUCAUGCUACAGGCUUUUUUGGACCAACAGGAAGGGGAACAGAGGAACAUUUAAAUGUAUCAGGACAGGUGGAUAUUAUAAAUUCAACUUUAGGGAAAGCCUUAGGUGGUGCUGCAGGAGGCUACACAACUGGACCAAAACAACUUAUAGAUUUGCUACGUCAAAGAUCAAGACCAUACUUGUUUUCUAAUACUCUACCACCUCCAGUUGUGGCUUGUGCUAGCAAGGCUCUUGAUAUUGUAAUGGAAAAUCCUGACCUGCCGAAAAAAGUUCUAUCCAAUACAAACAGAUUUAGAACUAAGAUGCUAGACGCUGGUUUUACUGUUGCCGGAGAUCCAUGUCAUCCUAUCUGCCCUGUCAUGCUUGGAGAUGCCAGGUUGGCAUCUCAGUUUUCUGAACAAAUGCUUGAGCAAGGUAUUUAUGUGAUUGGAUUCAGCUACCCAGUUGUACCUAAAGAUAAAGCCAGAAUACGAGUUCAGAUCUCAGCAGCUCAUACAGAGAAAGACAUUGAUAAAGCAGUUGAUGCUUUUAUCAAAAUUGGUAGAAAUCUGAAAGUUUUGCCUUAGACUACUUAGGCUUGACUUCCAUUAGUUUCAGGCACAUAUUUACAUAUUUCAUUUAUUAUCUGUGGAGGUAUUUUUUUAAAUUUAAAGUUACUUUACUGGACCACUCUGAUACUAAAAUUUCAGUUAAUGUCUUGUCUGUGUAAUUUGUAUUACUAAUUGUUAUUGCAACUGUUGAUACAGGUUUUUCUUGUUACAUCUUGAUUUCUUUCAUGCAGUAUCUAAAUAUUGUAAAAUCAUACUUCAAGAACUGUUUACACCAUAUACUAGUCAAUUUAUUUGAAUCUCAGUUCAUACAUAUUUAUUAAUUUACAGAUUUUUGGUCUGUUUAAAUUUUAUAUUUUGUUAACCAAUAAAAUGUUAUUAGGCAGCUUGUUAAUAAUUUAAACAGACACAUUACUGAACAAAAAAUAAUUUUUAAAAACAGUAGUUAAUAUUUGUUGUGAUUUUUAAUACUGUUUUACAGGCAAGUUGUAUUUCAAACUAUUCCAUUAUUAAUUUGCAAUUUUUAAAACUACCAAUAAAUGAGCUCUAGUACAUUGUGGCUGGAUAAAAUUCAGUACAAGAAUUUUAACAGACUAAUAUUAUAGUUAUAAAAUGAAUCAUUACACUAAUUAAAUAAAAGUCAUUCCUGUAAUAUAUCUAUCCCUUAUAAACUUUUUUAUGAGUAUUUACUUAAAUGUUUGGUAUGAAGGAUCAAUAAACUUUUUAAAAUG